AUGUUUUCAUUCUUUACGAAAAAAGCACAGAAUCCCGAUUCUCCUGUCAUAAUACAAGGACCUUCAUCGACAAAUGACUCACAAAAUAGCGGAGCAGAUGAUUUCAUAUUUGUGGAGAAGAAAGGCGAUACUAGACCUGAACAGCCAACACCACCUCAACAUCAAAUGUAUCCGCAAAUACCACCAGGUGCGGGAGCCUAUGGAUCGCCAUAUCCAACAUAUCCAUAUGGUCCGCCACCACCACCACCACGAGUUGGAAACGAAUCGAAUAGUAUAGCACAAAAUCAAAAUCAUCCAGUUCCCUAUGUGCACGACAUACCAUUUGUUCUGGCACCACAACUUUGUACAAAAUCUACAUUUGAUGAUACACAAACUCAAGUCGAUGGUAUUUUAGCGUUCCUAACCAGACAAAUGUCCGUCACCGAACAGGAUGAAUAUAAUUUCUCCUUGGAACGAUCUAUACAAAAUGAAUGUUACUAA